AUGGCACCAGGAGGGAUGGAUGGCAGGAGCAAGCCACAGAUGACGCCUGUCCCAUUCUCCGGCAUGCUUUCUCUAUCGGAUUUCUUCGCUGACCCUCAUUACUCCAAAGUCGAGAUCGACUCGUUCUCCGGUUUCCGAAUCUACCCCAGCAAAGGCCGGCUCUUCGUCCGGGGGGACAACAAAGUCUUCCGCUUUUCCACCUCGAAGAAUGAGUCGCUCUUCCUGCAACGCAAGAAUCCCCGUAAGAUCGCAUGGACGCAGGUAUAUCGCCGGCAGCACAAGAAGGGUAUCACAGAGGAGGUCGCGAAGAAGCGCUCGCGCCGCACCGUGAAGCACCAGCGCGGUAUCGUCGGCGCCGACCUCGCUGCUAUCGCCGCACGCCGCAACCAGACCGCCCAGGUCCGCGCUGCCGCACGCACCGCUGCCAUCCAGAAGGCGAAGUCGGAGAAGAAAGACAAGGAGAGCAAGAAGGAGAAGGCAAAGGCCUCAUCCCACAAGGCCUCCAACGUGUCGAAAAAGAGCAAAAAUCCUAUAUUCAAUGUCAAUAAGUUCGACGCCACGCUGAUGACAGACCAGGUGGCAGUCGAAAUCGCCAUUGGUGAUUUCGAGGCCUACCUCGUCCAUCCAGCGGCGGACGUUGGACGAGCCGUCCGGGAGAUGCUGCCUGUCCGGAAUCUCAUAGAAUUCGUCCUCUCUGCUGUUAGUGAUAAGGCAUCUGCCACAAUUACGCAGCGUCUAUUGGACAUGGAUAGCUUCCCAGAGGAUCCAAUGGAGUUUGAUUCUUCAUUGGCAUCAAGCUUACUGAAUCGGUUUGCAGUGUAUCACUAUUUUCUGUCAGAGUCGCCAUCAGACAAGAUGGAUGGCUACCGACAGACUACGCACAAGUCACUCCGCGCCCUCGAGGCGCUUAAGGAAGUUCUGUCCAGUGAGCCUGCAGGCCCCACUGGUCGCACAGCUGGACUUUCGUCGAAGGCAAAGAAGAGAGAAGCUCGUAUACACUUUACAAGCUCAAGUCCGUUCGCUGCGCUCGGUGUCCCCGUUCCCCAAUCUCGGUCGGGAGCGGAGGCACUUGGCUUAACGAUUUUGGCGCAGUUGAAGCGCACAUUGGAGGGGUACUUUCGCGUACUCCGAUCGCCAAGUUUGCGCGAGGUGUAUCGAAGACACUAUAUUCCAGCUGGAUCAUCCGUCGCUGGGUCGGAUGCUGUGGCAGCGCAUAGAACAGAAGAGAGUUCUGUGCAACUGUCCGAGACUAGUACCUCAUUUAGUGGUCCCACUACGCUACAGAGGGCGUAUGCCAGUUUAUUCGACAUUCAAAACGCGGAAGGAUUCGGUGAAUGGCCAAUCCUUAUUUCCAAGCCAGCCGCGACAGAUCUUCGACAGAAAUAUAAGCGGCAGCCUCAGCUCUUCGAGAUCGCUGUGAAGAAGAUACAAGAGCUGUCUCGCGGUCCUACCUACUGGACUAGCGAUAACCACAAGCGACUCAGCCACGUCGGUCACGGAGAUAUUCCCAUCUACCGCGCGAAAUUAACAGGAGAUGCGCGUCUCAUUUAUCAAGUAGAUUGUAUCGCGGAUUAUGAAAAAAUGGUCGACAUACAAGCUCUUAGGAUUUUCGGCGUCGUCUCGCUCGCUGAUAUGAAAGGGGGCAUCUGGGCUAGUGUUGGCUACUCUCUAGGAGGAAGGGGGAAGGCGUAUAAACAACGAUGCGACUAUCGCAGCGAGCCUACGAAUGGAAUCGUCCUUCCAGCUCAGUUUCCCUUACCACCUCCAUCGGAGGAUCAACAAACUCUUACUUUGCCAACUCUUCAUCACGAGGAUUUAGGAGAGCUCCAGAACAUACUUGCCUUGAAUAAGUUUUAUCCGUUUUCCCAGACCUUGAUGGACGGCAUAAUGGCAGAUAUUGAGCUGUCCCUCACGUUCCAAGUAUCACACCACGAGAUGAACAUUAUUGAGCAUCCAUCUUCAUGUUAUGUCAUAGGACGAAGUGGUACCGGGAAGACGACGGUCAUCCUCUUCAAAAUGCUCCGCAUAGAGUGGCUAUGGAGCACACACGGUGGUGCGAUGCAGAAACCACGACAGAUGUUUAUCACGAAGUCGCCCGUGCUUGCGAAAAAAGUUGCGGAGUACUUUGCCCAACUGCAAGUCGCGCACUCUGCAAGCAACCCACAUCCCGUAGGGGCGGCGAGUCCAGUUGCCAACGGAGCGCGAAGUAAGCUGCCUUUGAAGUGGUCUGAACUACAGGACGAGCACUUUCCAUUGUUCACAACAUUCGACCAGCUUUUCACUAUGUUGGCAAGAGACUUACGUGAACCAGCGAGGCCCGGAGACACCUCGGCUGUAUCUUCAUUGCAAGGAGAGCCCAUUUCUUUCAAAACAUUCAAGGCACUCUACUGGCCAUGUAUGCCGCUGUCGCUCAGGAAGAAACUAGAGCCAAUGUAUGUAUUUGAGCAGAUCUUAGGUGUUAUCAAGGGGUCCGAAGAGGCGUGCAUGGCUCUACGGGGCUAUUUGGAUGAGCAAGAUUAUGAUCGAGUAAAAAUGCGCCGUUCGCAGAAUGCUUUGUCGGACCAGAACGAUGCCGUAUAUCAACUAUUCCAGAAUUAUUCGAAGAUAAAACGAGCCCGCGGGGAAUAUGACCAUGCAGACAGAACCAACGCAAUAUUGACGGAGCUGCGGAAGGUGGAGAGGGGUGGUGUGCCCGGCGGGCACGCGGUAAACUUCCUGUAUGUGGACGAGGCGCAGGAUAACCUUAUGAAGGAUCUCUUGGUCUUAAGAUUGCUCUGCAACAACUCAGAUGGCCUAUUCUGGGCGGGCGAUACUGCCCAAACUAUCUCAGCAGGAAGCGCUUUUAGAUUCAAUGAGCUGAAAGCUUUUAUGUAUCGAAUCGAGGAUAUCAUAUCUCCAGGUGUGCAGAAGACGACGCCGCAGCUCUUUCAUCUGGGUGUCAAUUACCGCUCGCAUGCAGGAAUUGUGAACUGCGCUCAGAGUGUUGUUGAGCUUCUGACUUCUUUUUGGCCAAAUAGCAUUGAUAAGCUGUCGGCCGAGAGAGGCUUGAUGGACGGGCCAAGGCCCAUUUACUUUAACGACUGGAAUGAAGAUUAUGAGAAGUUUCGGAAGCUCUUAUUUGGAGAUACCAAGGAAUUGGUAGAUUUUGGGGCGAAGCAAUGUAUUUUGGUCAGAGACGAAGAUGCUCGGCAACGACUACAGAGUCAGAUGGGGAGUAUGGCAUUAGUCUUCACAAUCUAUGACAGCAAGGGACAAGAGUUUGAUGAUGUCCUUUUGUUUAAUUUCUUCCAGGACUCUUCUGCAGAUGCCACGCAGUGGCAGAUAGUGCUGAAUGCAUGCAGAAAGUCUAUUGCUUUGGACCAUCCGGUCCCGCAUUUCGAUCCAAUCCAUCAUAAUAUAAUAUGCCAUGAUCUGAAAUGUUUAUAUGUUGCACUUACAAGAGCACGGAAGAACUUGUGGAUUAUUGAUUCUUCGGACAAAGCUUAUCCUGUUCAGCUACUUUGGUCCUCGAAAGAUCUCAUUCGCGUUUGGUCUGCCGAUAGAGAACUUCCUCGCCUUGCGACAGCUUCCACCAUCGAGGAAUGGGCUACCGCAGGUCUCGACCAUUUUGUCAACGAGCGUUACGAACAUGCCAUGCAUUGCUACAUGCGUGCAUCCUGCCACAGAGAGCGCGAUGUUGCAGAGGCAUUCCUUCUGCGCGAGAAAGCUUUCGAAACUCCCGUAGAAGCUCAGGAGAGAGGGCCGAAUAGAUCGCAGGCCUUUACUGUUGCCGCAGAGGCUUUCAGAAAAUCUGCCUUGGCCGCCAGGAGUAGCCUGAGGUCUGAGAGCGAGAUCCACGAGUACUUCAAAAGUGCAGGAUUGUGUUACAGCCUAAGCGGGAACUCAAACCUUGAGAAAGCGGCCGAAUGCUAUGAACGGUCGCAGGAGUUUUCGGAGUGCGCGCGGUGCUACUGCAAACUGGGUCGGUUUAUGAGAGCUGCCAGAAUCAUUCAAGAUCAUGAAGUAGCUGAAGACGUGUUACGAGACGUUGCGCUGCAUUUCUUCCAGAAAUCUGAAGACAAAACUGCGAUCGCGUUAUUUUCUCCCAUCGAGAAGGCGCUCGAAUUCAUGAAGGAACACGAUCUUAUGUUACAGCGCUCUAAUCUUUUCGAAGAACUGGGCCGUUUCUCAGAAGCCGCUUUCGAUCGUCUCACUGAUGGCGACGUCAUAAAAGCAAUCACGCUUCUUCACCGCGCGGGCGACAUUGCGCAAGCCAGUUCUUGUCUUGUCGACAUUUUUUGGCUGAACGUGUCCUUUGGUACUCCACCAAUAUUCGACAAGAAUGUCGAGCUGCGCUAUAGGGCGUCGGGCAAGUGGCGACACGAUAAAUCUCAACUUUCAGAUCUCGUAGAUGCGGCAGAAAUGCUGCUCCGUGAGCCGAAGUUGACUAUAGGAACCAAAGAUCAGAUCGACAUGUUUCUCGCUAUCACUUCUGGCGACAUCGAGCGUUUACGAAUCCUCGCCUGCGAAUUCCUUGCGCAGAACCUAAUUCCCUCUGCCAUACUGGCUCUUAGCUGUUUCUUUGGGGAUUCAUUCCACUCGGCGAGUAGUCUAGAAAAAUCGCUCGAUGAUCUGCGACUCCUUGAUCAUCUGGUUAUCAAGGUCACCACAAUUGCUGCUGAUGCUGGGAAGUACUGCAAUGACAACAAAUAUCGACGUCUUUUUGCUAUUCAAUCCUUUGAGAAAGGGAAUUUCACGAUAUUCACGGGAUCCUUUCUGCAUCAAGCGUCUAUUCGCAACGACAUUCGCUUAGACAAAGUUUCACGCUAUCCCAAAGUGCUCUCGAUUUCCCGUUCGUGCUUGGCGAGCCUUUUGACAAAGGCUCUUCGCGAACAUGUGCGACAAUAUUUCCUUCAUGAAGGAGUGUUCUGGCAGAUGCAACGGCCCUCGUUAUGGACCUCUUACUCGAUCUCUCAAGACUGUAUUCUGAAUUGCACUGGACCAGCGAACGACUUGCUGGGUCCACUUGAUUCUAUUUCCUAUCAUUACCGCAUCCAGUUCUACGUUCUCCGCAUCGCCCUGUUUCAAAGAUAUUGUCUAAUCCCUGGAGUACGUGCUAUGGAGUUGAUGGCAGAAAAAAGGAAGUUACUCGAUCACUUAUAUCACGCUGUCAUACCCUCCUUCCUAUUCACACACACAGUGACUUUGCCUGUGUUUCAAGCAGGACGCAUACCAGAGCUGGAGGGCGCUAUUCCAGUGAUUGAAAGCUGGUUCAAGACUUUGCUGGAGUCGUGCCCAGAUAUGAGCGUGUGGCGGAGCAGAUCAACCGCGAGCACUGCUACUUGGCUGACGCUUGCGGAGGUGGCGUCUUUAAGGUUUGUUCUGUGUCAAAAGGGUCUCGAGAAUGAUUUCGAUCAACGUGGCGUCUCCGCAAAGUUCCAUGUCGAACGAAUACUAGAGAGGUGGGACCUGGAUAACGUUCAUGUCACUACUCCUAUCAUGCAUACUCUAAAGGCUGGCGGAGUUGCGACGACCCCUCUAGGAGUUUUAUACGUCACCCACGUCAUGGACCACGAGCUUCCUGUUGAUCUCGAGACGUUAUAUGACGUCUUUGAAUAUCUUAGCUUAUCUUUCAUCUUUGCCUACCCUCUUCGUCAGGGGCAGCCAUUUCAUGAUGUUACUCAUUUCCAGAGAGCGCUCCUUCUCUGGAAAACCAGUGGAGAUUCUUAUGUUAUUCCUGCAUACGACAUUUCACUGCUCAUAUUUUUCACUUCGGCGCGCAAAUUACUCCAGACCCUUUUGUCAGGACAAGAAUGUGCUCAUCUGCUCCUCAAUGGUGUCCCGCUUCGCUCUGAUCAUUCCGGCAUCCAUUUUGUGCCACAUAUCUAUACACUGCUUGCACUUCUUGGUUACAAUUUACCGGACAGCAAAUUUAGAGAGGUAAUUGUAUCAAUAUUUUCAAAGCAGAAGGUCAACCCUCGUCGUUUUCCCUCGUAUGUCAGGUUCGAUGUGCAAAAUUGGUAUGGGGUUUCCGAUGCCCUACAAUCAGUCUCUAUGUUCUCCUGGGAUACGUUGACACACUUGGUCCACGUAUGCGACUCAGAGACAGUGCCAAACAUCCAUCGAGGACCCAGGAUUAAGGAGGGUGUUUGCAAAGUUGAAUUUCAAGAUCUGAAGGAUUUACCCUCCUUAUUGGCAUCAGUUUCGGAGCAUCCGGCUUGA